AUGCGGAGCCGAGGCUAUAAUGAUCUCCCCGCAUCCGCAACCUCAAUUCAACCUCUUACCAACUCAAUAAUCAGCCAAUAUGUUGAUCAUCGGGCUCACCGGCUCAAUAGCAACGGGCAAGUCAACUGUAUCAAGCAUCCUCUCCAGCCCCCCUACUCCCUCCCAAUAAUCGACGCCGACCUCCUCGCCCGCAAGGUCGUUGAACCCGGCACCGCAGGCUACAAAGCCAUCGUCAACUACUUCGGCCCCAGCACCCCCGACCUCCUCCUAGAUGAUGGCGCCAACCCAAGCUGUAAACCACUGAACCGACCCGCGCUCGGCCGCCGCGUCUUCGGUAGCACAGAAGAGCGCAAACGCGACCGCCAAGUCCUCAACGGCAUCGUUCACCCCGCCGUUCGCUGGGAAGUCUACAAAUCCCUUAUCUACCACUAUCUGCGCGGCCAAUGGGCCGUUGUCCUCGAUGUCCCGCUCCUAUUCGAAAGCGGCAUGGAUCUCAUCUGCGGCACGGUCAUCGUGGUUGGUGUCCAUGAUCCGGAGAUCCAGAUGGCUAGGCUGCGCGCCCGCGACGCGCAUCUUACCGCCGAGGACGCGGAGAAUCGCGUUCGCAGUCAGGGUGAUGUGCGCACGAAAGCGACGCAGGCUGAGUUCCGGGGGACUGCCACCGCGCGCGGGGUCGUUGUGUGGAAUGAUGCUGAUAAAGCGGAGUUGGAGGUUGCGGUCAAGAGGGCUAUGGGGAGUAUUGCGGCUUCUAGUCCGAGGUGGUGGGCGUGGGCGUUGUUGGCUGCGCCGCCGGUUGGGUUUGGGGUUGCUGCUUGGAACCUGAUUGUGAAUUUUGCGACCAAGAAGGGGUGGGAGAGGAAGAAGCAGGAAGAGAAGGCGAAGCUUUGA